CAAUACAGGUGAGGUAGUUAAACAGGAAGGACACACGACCUUAACAGUGCGUUGUUAGAAGCAUUAAGUGUUAUUAAGUCAGUUCAAGUGCGGCCUUAAUCGAAGACGACUGGUACUAGAUGUAGUCUAAGUGUUUUACCGAGGAAUCAAUACAAGUAGCGCACAAUGAGGGGAUACACAAUCCUCGCCGUUGUGACAGUGGUCACUCUGGCCGUGGUCAGCGCCACCUCGGGAUAUCCCAGAACUAAACUGUGCCACCAGUCCUGCGCCAAUGUCAAGUGUCCCAAGCUGCGGCGACGACACUGUCAGAUAGUGAUGAAGCCGUGUAGCUGCUGCCCAGUGUGUGCGUCGGGUAUUGGGCGGCGGUGCGGCUCGCAGCAUCCACCGUGUAUGAAAUAUCUGUGGUGCAUCAAGCAGACUAUCACGUCCAUAGAGGCCCAUCGCGGAUCAUUGCCGGACCAGUUCAAGGGCGUCUGUGGUCACGUGAGGCCCAUUAUGAAGAGGAGGCGUUACCGGAAACGGAAGCGGAAGUGGAGGGCAAGGCCAAGAUGGAUGUGGCAUCUGAAGAGGGGAGGACAUUGAAACCUCGAUAAAUGAUGUCUUUAGCAUAUCCUGUCACUUCUUUUGUUCCAUCGUGAAUAGAAAACGUGUCUGUAACUUCCAGAUUCCAUAUAAAGAUUGGGAAUGUCGGAUGAAGUGUGAAAAUUGAUUUUGUUAUUGUAACUGAUUAUGAUCCCGCGGUCAGGAGUGUGUUCAAGGUUUUUUGGACUUUGUAUGCUUUGAAAUGAAAAUCUAAUGAAUAAAAUGUAAGCGGAGA